AAUCCUAUAAAAACAAAACGACGUGGGGCGGCUCUCUGUUUCCAAACGACAGCGUCCCAGGUUGCCCUAUCCUUUAUCCUUGCCUGUCGUUAAAUAUACUUCCCCAAAUCUCUCCUUGUUUCCAUGGUUCUUUUUCAAAUUAAUAUUUAGUCGAUUUUCUAACACUUUAGGGUUUCAUAUCUCCCUCUCUCUGCCUCUUUCUAACAAAUUCUUAAAGCUACAAUGGGGCCGCCGAUGAAUCUACAUAAGCUAGGGAAAGAAUCGGAGGAAUCCGCAACGCCGUCGAACCAUUUGUGGGUCGGAAAUCUGUCGGGCGAGACGGUUGAUUCGGAUCUGAUGGAGUUGUUCAACAAAUUCGGCGCACUCGAUAGCGUCACCUCAUACUCUUCUAGAAGCUACGCUUUUGUCUACUUUAAGCGCGUGGAGGAUGCGAAGGCGGCGAAGGACGCUCUCCAAGGAGCCACCUUGCACGGAAACCAAAUCAAGAUUGAGUUCGCUCGACCGGCAAAACCUUGUAAGAAUCUAUGGGUUGGUGGAAUUAGCCAAACUAUUUCGAGGGAAGAAUUGGAAGAAGAGUUUCGAAAGUUUGGUAAAAUUGAAGAUUUCAAGUUCCUUAGAGAUCGUAAUACCGCAUUUGUUGAAUAUUUUAGAAUGGAAGAUGCUUCCCAGGCCAUGAUAAGCUUGAAAGGGAAGCGAAUAGGUGGUGAACAGAUACGUGUUGAUUUUUUGAGAUCCCACCCUUCAAGAAGAGAACAAUGGCCUAAUUCUCAUGACCUUAGAGAUGGGACUUUUUCUGGUAGGAUGGCGUCUUCUGAUGUCCAUUCCAUUGCAAAAAGACCAUAUUCUCAAUUAGGUGGCCGAAAAGUUGAUGGUCAGCCUAGCAAAGUUUUGUGGGUAGGUUAUCCUCCCUCUGUGCAAAUUGAUGAACAAAUGCUUCAUAAUGCCAUGAUACUCUUUGGUGAGAUCGAGAAAAUGAAAAGCUUCCCUUCAAGACACUAUGCCUUUGUGGAGUUUAGGAGUGUGGAGGAAGCUCGCCGUGCGAAGGAGGGUUUACAGGGUCGCUUAUUUAAUGAUCCGAGGAUCACUAUUAUGUUCUCAAGUAGUGAACUUGCACCUGGGAAAGAAUAUGGCUUUGAUUCAGGCAUAAAGGGGCCAAGGCCUGGCAUGCUGUUUGGUGACCAUCUAUUUAGGCCUUCACAAAUGGACAUUCUUGGUCAAAAUAAUCCAUUACUACCAAAUACGGUCUCUGGAUCAUUACCAUCUAGUGGCAUUUUUGGAUCAAAUGUGCCGAUCAGGUCUUUUAGUCAUCAAGGUAGCUAUGAUUCUUUGCUUUCAGGUCAAGAAUACAAUGAUUUGUCUGCACAGCAUAAUCGGAGAAGGCUAUCUCCUGUUCCUUCUGCUCAAGGUUUUAGGCCUUCACCGAGACAAGCAUCUGGUUCAUGGGAUGUUUAUGACGUGAACCAAUUUCAGAGAGAUGCAAAACGUUCGAGGAUAGAGGCUGCCAUGCCUGUAGAUGAUCUUGCACCAGUAAUUGGUGGGGGUGCUUCAGGUCCAUUUGUGAAUGUCCAGGGGAAGGGUCGUGUAAGUCCAACUCCUGGAAUGGCCACUGCUGGUGGACCUGGACUGUCCCCUCCUGAUAGUGAUUACAUAUGGAGAGGCAUUAUUGCUAAGGGUGGAACGCCUGUUUGUCAUGCUCGAUGUGUUCCCAUCGGAAAGGGGUUGGAGACAGAAAUUCCUGAAGUUGUUAACUGUUCAGCCAGAACAGGAUUGGAUAUGCUUGCAAAACACUAUCGUGAGGCUAUUGGUUUCGAUAUUGUUUUCUUCUUACCAGACAGUGAAGACGAUUUUGCUUCGUACACUGAAUUCCUUCGCUACCUUGGUUCAAAAAACAGAGCUGGUGUUGCUAAGUUCGAUGAUGGGACUACUUUAUUUUUGGUGCCUCCAUCUGAAUUCUUAACAAAGGUUCUAAAUGUUUUAGGACCUGAACGGCUCUAUGGUGUUGUUUUAAAGUUGGCUCCACAGGUUCCGAAUGCUGCACCACCGCAACCGAAUCCACCUGUUCUUUCUCAGCGCGAUUAUAGUCACUUGAAAGAAGAACUGCCUCUGCAGAUGGAAUAUAGAAGGGUUUUGCACGAGGACUCCAAACCUCCUGUAAGACCACUUGGGCAAGCUACCAUGCCAAGUCAACCACCCAAUAGUUCGGCAGCACUGUCACAAACUGGUGUUGCUUUAACACCUGAUCUGAUUGCUUCGCUAGCCUCCUUUCUCCCGACAACCUCGCAGUCUGCUGCUGUAGGAGGUGUUCAGCCUCCAUUAAUGACGUCAACUACACAGUCUUCAUCCGCUCAUUCAGUAGCACCUAAAGGAGCUUCUGCACAAAUUUGGAACCAGGACCAGCAAGCUUCUGAGCCUGCAGCCCCAUCUUUCCAACACUUUAAUCCUUCAGUACCAUUGUCACCAGUUCAGCGUUAUUCUAUCCAUUCUUCUGCCCAAAAGGCCCUUGGCAACACUCAGUUUCAGGAGUCUGUCAUUAGCUUGCCACAGCAAGGUGCUGCGUCAUCAAUGCCAUUGAAUAAUUUCCCUAUUAGUCAGCAGUAUCAGCCUGAAGUUCCUCCCAGUAUACAGAAAGUCUAUGGAAUGAUGCAUGCAACUGAUACUUCUGGGUUGUACGGUGCACCAGCUCUUCAGCAGCCAAGCAAUCCUAAUGUUUUGUCUAAUCAGGUUCAUGGUGCUAAUGUUUCCCACCCUCAAAAUGUGAUGCAAGCUGACAGAAAAAAUCCGGAGCUUCCUAGUCAAGCUCAGCCACUGCAAUCCGUGUUUUCUGGAUCUGGUCAGGGCACAUCAGAUUUGGAGGUUGAUAAGAAUCAGCGAUACCAGUCAACUUUGCAAUUUGCUGCUAGCUUGCUCCUCCAGAUUCAGCAGCAGCAACAGCAACAGCAACAGCAGCAGCAGCAGCAGACAAAUACUCCUGAUGGACAAGGGACUGGGAGUUAACUCUGAAGCUCCUUCAGUCUAGGUAAAUUUGUUGUGUCCGAAAUGACCGCGCUUACUCAACGUCGUCGACGUUCGUUUUUACCGACUAGAGUUUUGUAUUUGAGAAAGUGAAGUUGAUUCUUGCCAUUUUGCAUCGAUGAUAAUGGCUUCGCUUCGUUGCUCUGUAAAUUGGUUUUCCCCCUCAAUCAUCCAUUGUUAGCGUUAGCUGUUUCAUCUUUCAUGAGAUGUACAAAUUGUCUUUUUGUUAUCGAAUCUUCGGUUUGAAUUUAUAUCAUUUUCGGUUA